AUGUUACCUUACUAUAACUUCACAGAUGCUAUAGAUUGUAAAACUCCAUGCUUGAAGAAUUGCUCUUGCAAAGCUUAUGCCUAUGGAACAGGCAUUGGCUGUAUGGUUUGGAAUGUAGAUUUAGUUGACAUAAUAAGCAACUCACCAGGAGGGGUGGAUCUUUACUUACGUCUUGCCUCCUCAGAACUAGUUAGAAAAAGAAGUCUAAGUGAAUUUUGCUCUCGUCUUAGAUACAGGACCUACAGGUACAAGCAAGAGGAAUAUGACGACAACAAUUCUAAUAUCAGUUCUGGCAGGAACUAUUCUCGUUACAGCAUCUGGAUUUUUCUUAUGCAAAAAAGGGUCAAAGCUAAAAGAAAGUUGGCAACUGCAACAAACGACUUUGACAAGGCAAAUAAACUUGGGCAGGGUGGUUUUGGUCCAGUAUAUAAGGGGAAAUUCAAAGAUGGACAAGAAAUAGCAGUAAAAAGAUUGUCAAGAUCAUCUGGACAGGGUGUUGAAGAAUUUAUUAAUGAAGUAGAGUUGAUUUCUAAUCUUCAACAUGAAAACCUUGGUAAACUUCUUGGUUGUUGCAUUGAAGAAGAAGAAAUGCUAGUUUGUGAGUAUUUACCAAACAAGAGUCUAAAUACAUAUAUCUUUGAUCCAUUGCAACAAAAAUGCUUGGGAUGGGAAAAACGCUUCAACAUUAUUGAGGGAAUAGUGAGAGGAUUACUUUAUCUUCAUAGAGAUUCAAGAUCAAGAAUUGUACAUAGAGAUUUGAAGGCAAGUAAUAUAUUAUUAGAUGAAGGGAUAAAUCCAAAAAUAUCAUAUUUUGGAAUGGCUAAACUUGUUAAAGAUGGUCAAGAUCAGGCACAUAUAGAAAGAAUUGUUGGAACGUUUGGCUAUAUUUCUCUUGAAAGUGCAACUGAAGGACUCUAUUCAAAAAAAUCAAAUGUUUUUAGCUUUGGUGUUCUAUUAUUAGAGAUUAUUAGCAGAAAAAAAAACACUAGCUUUUAUGAAGACACAGAAUCUUUUACACUUUUAGGCUUCUUCAGACCAACAAAGGAUAGUGAAAAUGUAAGUAAAGAGGAGAAAGAUGAGGAAGAAGAAUUUGAGUCAGUCGAGGAAAAAGUUGUCAAAGGAAAUGAAUUAGAGGAAGAGGAAAUUGAAGAAGAAGGAACUAAAUCGGAAGAUGAUAGAAAUCAAGAAGAAGAACAAGAAACUCAAUCAGAAAAGGAGAUGGGUGGAGAAGAAAAUAAAAGAAAAGAAGAGGACAAAGAGCAAGAAGAGGACAAAGAAGAUGAAGAAGAAAAUAAAAGAGAAGAAGAGGAUCCAGAGGACAACCAAGGAGAAGGGGAAAAAUAUGUGAGGAAAUCAACAAGGGUGAUAAGUAAGGGUAAGGCUCUUAGGUCUCUAUUUCUGGAAAUUAAAAGUAAGCCCGAGAAAAAGAGAACAAUUGAUGACAAGCAAGCUUUAUUUGACAUGUGUACAGCAAUGUGUAAUGAAAAGGAGCAAAAGCAAUACUUUAUAUUGAUGUAUGGAUACUUCCUAACCCAUGAUCACUGGUUUUGUUAUGUUUUGGAGAUAAAGACCAUGACCUUCUACGCCCUUGAUUCAUUGAUGAACUAUUUCUAUACAAUGCUGUGUGCUGUGAAGCCAGAAUUGCUUGCCAAUGAGGACAAAAUUGACAAUGAAGUGAAAUGGGCAAGAGUUUAUGUGCAGAAUGAUGUGUGA